AUGCAGAGGAGGAACUUGUCGAUGGCGUUGAGGAGUUGUUUGAAUGGAUCGCCGGUGAUGACUGCUUGGAGUUGCUGGGAGAAGGCCUUGCAUUGGCGGAGCCACUCGGGUUUGGAUUGUUCGCUACUGGCAAUAAACAAAGAAAGCGGGAAGAGGUAUUUGCCACAGGUUUUGCCUGUAGUGCAAUUGCUGUCGUAG